CAGUAAAGGGAAAUUUUUUUAAAAUGGGUCUCAAGGAUAAGAUGUUAUAUUUUUACUGUCGCCACAGGCCUUCAAAGAGCAACGUGCAAAUUGCCACUGCCUUUAUGCCUUCGGCUGGAUAUUUUGGAGCUGCUGCCCUGUUGACUUUGGUUUACUACACCGAUUGGAAGGUAAUUGCCGGCUAUAUUCCACUCUACAACACCAAAUUCCCAAAGCCCGAAGGGAAGGAAGCCAAGUAAAGGGAAAAUGGAAGCUGCAGCAAAAACAUUCAAGACCACAAACGAAACAAAAACAAGAAUUACUCACAUACUCUCUCAACUAGAAAAUCGAAAUACGAAGACAAUCGAAACAAAAACAAGAAUUUAUCGUUCCAGACUCUCUCUCAACUAGCAAAUAUAAAUACGAAGACAUAUAUUGUAGUUCAAGACCACAAACGAAACAAAAACAAGAAUUACUCCCCUACUCUCUCAACUACAAAUCGAAAUACGAAGACAUGUGAGAAUCCAACAGUCGUCUGCUACAGCCAAUUGCAGCAAACAAAUAAGUUCAAAACAUUUCUUCAAUUAUGUUCAAUACUUAUACGAUUAAUUUACAUGAAGACAGGCAGAGCCCAACCGCUCAAAGUGGCCUCCUAGCCAGGAUAUCUAGCAAUGGCAGCAUUAAUUUCACACAACAAACUGUUAGUUUUAUCGGCGUUAAAUAAA